AUGCUCCACGAGACGGAGUUCUUCUCACACGUGGACUAUACCCUCAAGAUGAACAUGUACGACUUCCCUCCCAGCUCCGAGGUUUUGGUGAAGACGGUCAUCAGCCAGAUGUGCCACUGUGCAGUGAAAGCCGUGGCCAACAACAGCAAGAACCAGAUGCAAGCCUACAGGUCAGUGGAUGCCAUGAGGACCUUGGUGGCGGAGCAGCCGGAGUGCGCGUUGCUCCUGGCGGAGAUCUUCAAGGGGAACUUCGAAAUCUGCCGCCGUGUGCCGGAGGAUCUCAUUGACCAGUUCUCAGAGCUCAUCUUGCGGGAACGCUCCUCCGGUAGCUUCGUCUCCUGUUACAUCGACUUCUACAUGGCCAUUGUCUCCGCGGGCAACAAGCCGGUGGUCCGCAACCAGGUGCCAGUUGUGGAGGCGUUGCAGCGCGGCCGGCCCGAGAGGAGUGCGGGUUCGAGAGAAUCCGGGAUGCUCUACUUGCUGCGCAGCAGCAGCGAGCUGGAGCACGCCUUAGAUUUGGCUCGGCACUUCAAGUCCAAGUCGGUCUUGAGAGGGGAGGACACCAGCGAGCUGAAUGAGAACGACCAGGAGCUGGUCUACUACUUAAAAUCCCUGGAGCUUCUGGGGGGCAUCGCGCGUGGACGUGGGAGCCACAGCUUGAUCACCAAGCCCUUCGUGUCUGGAUUGAUCCAUCCGACCUCGGCGAUCCGCAACUUGCUGCGCACCUCCACCACGCGCGAGUGCCGCCCGCGGGACCUGCCGCUGAGCCCCAUCGCCGUGGCACACCUGACGAUGGCCUCCCAAUGGCUGGAGUUGGUGCGCCACCUGACGUAUGAUGUGGACGUGAACCUCCGAGACAUCAUCUUGCUGUCUAGCCCGCUGCAUGUGGAGUUCGUCCGGGCUCUCCUGGACUGGACGCGCGCAUCCCUGGAAGCGCCCCCACGCUUGGGUGGACCGGAAGUGGAGGAGGUCGUUUAUUUCCGCCCCUGGGCGAUGUUGAGUGGUAUGGUGGUCUGGUGGUCUGUGGGGGACGGCCAUGGAAAUCUCUUGCUUUGCAUCGACGCCUUCUUCAGCUUCUGCUACACUCCCGUGUGCGAGUCCGACGCCACAGAGGGCAUGUUGGGCCUGGCCACCGACUACUAUGCGUACUUUGGGCGUGUGAUGCAGAUGCAGGCGUCCGUGAUGUACAAGAAGUCCUCCAACGCCAAGCGCUGGAGCAUCGCUGAGGAAGAAGCCGACUUGCUCAACAUCGCAGGAACACGUGUGCUGCAGAUUACCUCUGGUGAAGAUGCCAGCAAAGAGAUCCAUGCCAUGUCCACCCACGUGGAGGUGGAGCAGAAGGCGACCUCCGAGACGGAGGCCCAGUGGCGCGCCAUGCUGCAAGCCUUCCGGCGGAACCCGCAGAUCUCCGAAGGUGAGUCCUCCUUUUCACUGGGAUCGGACCUCCGGCAUGGUCUGGAUGCAGGCAUCACUGGAGAGGAUGAGCGAGUUGGGAACAUUAUCAUUGAGAUCGGUGCUCUCACCGAUCCCGAUCGAGACGAGUACACCCGGUUUUUGCCCCCCGACUUGGGCUCCACCUUGCCAGAUGGCGCUCGGAUGGACCACAAGCCCAAUGAGUCGCAGGAUAUGCAGGAUGAGGAGCUGGUGGACAACGAACAAGCGCAAGCGCAAGCAAUCGCAGAGAUUGGGUGGAUUUUCGGCGGACUCUUGGCAAAACUCUACAGGAACCUGAUCACCUGUGAAGAUGUCUUGAAGCAGAUUAUGCAGCAUCAGGUGUAUUUGCGCUCUGACUUGGACUCCUUGCGGCGGGUGCAGCGGCUUCUGCUAGGCAUGCUGGCCUCGGCGCGGAAGUCCAUGGAUCCCCUGGGAUCGGUUCAGAUGGUGCAUCGAGCCAUCGUGGCUUCGGGCAUUACCAAGCUUAUCGUCGAGAUGUUGGAUGACCUCAUCUUCACCAGUGCGCCGGAAGACGUCACGGACUCCGCCUGGCAACUCCUCAUCGAAGUGCUGUGUGAAGUGAGGACUCCCUCGGGUGGUCAAUCAGUGAGCAAGCCCAUGCAGCAGAGCAUCCUGGAGGUUUGUAUGACAGGCUCGGAUGCAGGGAUGUUUGAAUCCUUCCGGGAGCUCACCAGCACGGUGAUCAGCAAGGCCAAGGCCACCCGGAGUCUGUCGCGAGGCCAAGUUCCGACACGCCAGGAGCAGCGGCAAAUUGACGAGUACAAAGCUUGGAUGGCCGAUGCUGUACGGGCCAUGGAGGCCAUGCGGCUCAUGGUAGAGGGCCACUUCUUCCCCAUGCAGCAGCAUCUGCAUUCCCAGAGCGGCUCCUCCCGGUCCUGUGACGUGCUGGAGCAAACCUGCCGACUGGUGGUGCAGAUGGCGAAGGACCCCAAGGGAGGUGACAGCAUGAUGCCUGAAGAGAUUCAGUGCAUUAGUCAAGCCCUGACGCUUUUGAUUGAGUUGUGCCAGGGCCCCAACCUGCAGAACCAGGAAGUCGUCAGCACCUUGGGUCUGGUCGAGACGAGCUCGAGGCUUUUGCAGCCCAACUUUGAGCUGAUUUGCCAGUUGGAAGGUGACGUGUAUCCUCCCACGGUGCGACGACUGAAAGCCCUCCUGAUGGAUGGCAUGCUGGCACUGGUGGAAGGGCGCUUGGAUAGUCAAAUCCAUGUCACCAUUCCGCAGCGCUUGGACCCAUUGGCCCUCAAGGAGCGGAUCGAGUUUGUGCACAGCUACUUCGUCUUCGGCAUCGUGGGCGUGGCGCGGCGCACGGUGCAGAGCGAUCAAGUCGCCCGGAUCCCCUUGGAGGCCAACACCCGGCACUUGCUCUCCUCCUCCGGUGCGAGCCCCAGCGACGUCUACCAAUCCCUGCUGGCCGCCAGUGUCCUCGCGGAAGAGCUUCUGGAAGAUUUGUCGGACGCCGACAUCCGCAACUUCUUCAGUGAGGGCUUGAAGAUGGUCCAGCUGAUUUUAGAGGUCGCACAGUACUCCUCCACCUUUGAAAGCAUUGUGAAGCCAACUAAGGAUGAGGAUGAGACCUUUGUGGAUGACACCUCGCAGUAUUUGUCCGAAAAACACUAUCUUCAGGAACGACAGAAGUUCCACAUGCGCUCUCGCUAUCGCUUGGCCUAUGGAUUCCUCAGCCGCUUCGUGCGGACGAUCGAAGUCAUGAUGGAUGGCAACUUGCACUAUUUGCAUUUUUGCCUCCCUGUGACCGCGAUGUGGUACGUCUAUGGGGAAGCCAAGCAGAACAUCUUGGACACCGUUCCAUUCGCAUCGCCGGACAUCAAAGCCAGAUAUUUCAUCAAGAAGUGUAUUACGCUACAUCGCGAGUCGAAGCUCAUCAAGGACUUGUCGCGCUUCUCGGUGGUGCCGGAGAAACUGCUCAAGCUGGCGCAGAGGAGCAUCCCCGACUGGAUGCAUCGCCCGUUCCAGAUCUUCCUGUGCGACGACGCCAAGAACAUGUCCAGGCUCUUGCGCUCCGCGCUCUUCCUGGGGUUGGCUUUGUCGGCCCACACGGGCAUGUGGCCUGGUGGAGAGCAGUGUGGAGAGCGGUUUCUGGUGCCGGGCGAUGAAGAGGACGAACUGCAUGGGCUGCACGCCAAGUGGAGCUCGCCCAGAGCGGAGUUUGUGGCACACUCCUUGAGUUGCCUGUACUUCACAUGCACGGCGCUCUGGUUGCUUCUGACCAUUGCCAUCAAGCUGCCCAUCGUGAUGUACGAAGUGGAGGAGGUGAUGCUUCAGGGCCACCAACGCUUCGCCAUCCCCCGGGUGGUGCUGGGGGCCUAUGCCUCGUCGAGGUUGCUCCGUGACGGACAAGUAGCCUGGCGGAUUCUCUUGUGA